AUGAGGCGACCUCCGAACGCGGGUGACGUUGAGGAAAUCCUGUGUGGUCCCCUGUCACAUGACUUGCCAGAAGACGACCAAGCCCGAAGGAGAAUUAUCAAACAGUUCGAAACUAUAAUCGCCUGGAGUUCAUCCGCAUGCAAAACUUUGAAAUGCUUGAACGAGAAUGAGAUGACCGUCCAAUCAUAUUCUGAGUCUAUAGACAUGAUGAGCAUUGAAGACACAAAUAAGCAUUUUUUACAUAAAAUAAAAAGCUUAGAAGAAGAAAACGAUCGUUUGUCAUCAAUAAUUAAAAGMAAAAAUAUAAUAAACAAGCAAGAUAGUUUAAAAUSUAAUUGUAAUACCACGCUGGAAUUAGCAAACAAAAAAAUAUCACAGCUAACAGACAGGGUACAUGAACUUAUGACAGAAUUACAAUUAAUCAAAUCGUCAACAUCUGAAGUCGAUUUUGCAAAAAUAAAACAAUUGAAUGAUAAGUGUAAUUCAUCGAAUAACAAGAUUUGCAAUUACCGUAACCAAAUAAUACAAUUGAAAAAUGAAUUGAAAAUUGCUCAAAAUGCAUUAGCUAAUGAAAUCGGCGAUCCAGCAGUGAUGCAAAAAGUUAUGAAGAGUACAGGAUCUUCAAAUUACAUUGGACGAGGACAAAAAAUAUUGGUAUUGCAGCAAAAGGUGAAUGAGCUACAAGCGAAACAGAGUGAAAAUAAUUUGACAAAAAAACUGCAUAAUUCAACUGUAAACACAAGAAAAAUGGAGAAAGCAAGUACAGAAAUUAAUGACCGUAAAUUAAAAGAUUCUCAAUCAAAGGUAGAAGAGUUGACUAAAUCAGUGGAAAUUUGGAAAGGACGAAGUAAAGCAUUGGAUGUAGAAAUUACUGCUUUAAGAGUUCAUGUGCAAAAUUUAUUGUUGAAGUCUGAAUCUGAUCACCAGCUUAUUGAUAAAUUAAAAACUGAGUUAAGUGACACUAACAUACAAAAACUUAAAAAUAAAGUAUCUGUUACAAAWUUAGAAAAAUCUAUAAUAUCCCUUCAGUCAAAAUAUGAAAAA